AUGGCGCGGAAUAAUAACUUGGAACCUAUUGAUGUAUUACGAAUUUUAAUUAUACCGGUUUGUAAUCAAAUGAAUAUUGAUGAGGAAGAAAUUAGAAGAAUUUCCGUACUCACUUUAAGAAAUCUUACUCCGUUGGGGCGGGAUUUUCUUAAUAAUUUGACUGAUAGGGUAAAUUCUCAUAGGGCCGAAUCACAAAGAAUAAGCAAUGAUAGUCUUGAAAAUGCAAUUUAUUACGGAUGUGAAUUCACCAACUUAGUUGAGUGGAUAAAUUCUUUUGUUGUCGAACAAUUACAAAGUCAAGCUAAUCCUGAAAACGAACUUUAUCUAGGAUAUAGCUCUUUUCCCUGA